UUUUUUUAAGUAAAUAAAUGUAAAAAGUAAUACAAUAAUAUGUAUAUGAAGUGUGAUAAGAAAGAACCGAAAAGCGCUACUUGCUGACCCAACUUGACGAUUUGCUGCCGCAAUCUGCAACUCGAGCCAAAACACAUGGCAUGUUCUUCCACGGAAUACGUUCUGCAGAUGGGCAGGAAAACGACGCGCCCUCGUGGUGUAAUUUUUAUGAAGCGAAGGAGAUCUUCCUAAUGACGGUUAAGCUGUAUCGAAGAAACAUUAAAGCUGAAUCUAUUGGCAUCAUAAGCCCGUACAUGAAACGGGUUAAACAUUUGCGCAAACUCUUUGUUCAGGCCGACGUAGCAAUGCCUAAAAUUGGUUUUGUGGAGGAAUUCCAAGGACAGAAACGCGAUAUAAUAUUAAUCUCAGGAGUGAGAUCAAGCAAGGAGCAUAUACGUGACGAUAUGCACCAUGGAUUAGGAUUCAUACGAAACGAAAGAUCAACCAAACUCGAUAUAUCUAUACUUAUACCAGAACACUCGCGCUAUAUAACAAAUUUCAGUUGA